GCCCGCUCCCUCGGACGGGGCCGCCGCGAUGGGACGCCGCACCUCGGCCCCUGCGCGCUGCUGAGCCGCGAGAAGCCGAGCCCAGCCCCGCCACCCGCUACUGCCUUUCGCCCCCGGCUCCGGGAGCCUAGUCCUCGACCCCUUGGGAAAACUGGAUCUCCGAGGCUGGAGGCGCCUGGCUGGCUGGGUGGGGACCACCAUGGGCAACGCGGCCGGCAGCGCCGAGCAGCCCGCGGGCCCCACCGCAUCGCCCCCGAAGCAGCCAGCCGCCCCCAAACAACCGAUGCCGGCGGCCGGGGAGCUGGAGGAGAGGUUCACGCGGGUCUUGAACUGUAUGAACCUGCCUCCAGACAAGGUCCAGCUGCUGAGCCAGUAUGAUAAUGAGAAGAAGUGGGAGCUUAUCUGUGACCAGGAGCGGUUUCAAGUCAAGAAUCCCCCCGCAGCCUACAUUCAGAAGCUGAAGAGCUACCUGGAUACUGGUGGGGUCAGCCGAAAGGUAGCAGCUGAUUGGAUGUCCAAUCUGGGGUUUAAGAGGCGAGUUCAGGAGUCUACACAGGUGCUGCGGGAGCUGGAGACAUCCUUGAGGACAAACCACAUUGGGUGGGUACAGGAGUUUCUCAAUGAAGAAAACCGUGGUUUGGAUGUCCUGCUUGAGUACCUGGCCUUCGCCCAAUGCUCUGUCACGUACGACAUGGAGAGUACAGAUACUGUGGCCUCUACUGCAGAGAAGAGCAAGCCUCUGGACCAGUCCGUGGAAGACCUCACCAAGGCACCACCCCCAUCUGUGCCCAAAAAUCGCCUGACCAUCAAGCUGACGACGGCCCACAGUAGGAAGGCCCUGAGGAAUUCCCGAAUUGUCAGCCAAAAGGACGACGUCCACGUGUGCAUCAUGUGUCUGAGAGCUAUCAUGAACUAUCAGUCUGGCUUCAGCCUUGUUAUGAACCACCCAGCCUGUGUCAAUGAGAUCGCUCUAAGCCUUAAUAACAAGAACCCCAGAACCAAGGCUCUGGUGCUGGAGCUGCUGGCAGCCGUGUGCCUGGUGCGGGGAGGACACGACAUCAUUCUUGCAGCCUUUGACAACUUCAAGGAGGUGUGCGGAGAGCAGCACCGCUUCGAGAAGCUGAUGGAAUAUUUCCGAAAUGAAGACAGCAACAUCGACUUUCUGGUGGCUUGCAUGCAGUUCAUCAACAUUGUGGUCCACUCGGUGGAGAACAUGAACUUCCGUGUCUUCUUGCAAUAUGAAUUCACUCACCUGGGUCUGGACCUGUACUUGGAGAGGCUGCGGCUCACCGAGAGUGACAAGCUGCAGGUGCAGAUCCAGGCAUACCUGGAUAACGUUUUCGAUGUGGGCACACUGUUGGAGGACACAGAGACCAAGAACGCAGUCCUGGAGCACAUGGAGGAGCUGCAGGAGCAGGUGGCAACGCUGACAGAGCGGCUUCGGGACGCAGAGAACGACUCCAUGGCCAAAAUCGCUGAACUGGAGAAGCAGCUAAGCCAGGCCCGCAAGGAAUUGGAGACCCUGAGGGAGCGGUUCAGCGAAUCGACCCCCAUGGGCACUGCCAGACGUAUCCCUGAGCCUGAGAAAGUGCCUGCCCCCACUAUGGUGCGACGACCCUCAGCUCUAGAACUAAAAGUGGAAGAGCUUGAGGAAAAGGGGUUAAUCCGAAUCCUGCGGGGGCCCGGGGAUGUCGUCUCCAUCGAGAUCCUCCCAGGAGCGGUGGCGACACCAAGCGGUGACAAUGCACCAACUCAGGGGGUGCCCGCUGACUCUCCUAGCCCAGCAGAGUCGGUUCCCGGAGCAACAUCACCACCGCCACCGCCACCGCCACCGCCACUACCUAACCUCCAGUCCCAGCAGGAAGUGCUUCCCUCUGCACCCCCGCCGGCCCCGCCCCUCCCAGGCUGCGCAGAGCCUCCACCUGCACCACCGUUGCCUGGAGACCUGCCGCCCCCACCCCCUCCACCCCCACUUGGUACUGAUGGACCAGUGCCACCUCCACCCCCACCACCUCCGGGAGGGCCCCCUGAUACCCUUGGAGGACAAGACCCAGAGAUAGGCCCAGGGGUGAAGGCCAAGAAACCCAUCCAGACCAAAUUCCGGAUGCCAUUGCUAAACUGGGUGGCGCUGAAACCCAAUCAGAUCACAGGCACUGUCUUCACUGAGCUCAAUGAUGAGAAAGUGUUACAAGAGCUAGACAUGAACGACUUUGAGGAGCAGUUCAAGACCAGAUCUCAAGGCCCCAGCCUGGACCUCAGCACCCUGAAGGGGAAAGCAGCCCACAAAGCUCCCACCAAGGCAACACUCAUUGAGGCCAACCGGGCCAAGAAUUUGGCCAUCACCCUACGCAAGGGCAACCUAGGGGCAGACAGAAUCUGCCAGGCCAUUGAGACGUAUGACCUACAGACUCUCAGCCUGGAUUUCCUGGAGCUGUUGACCCGCUUCCUGCCCACGGAAUACGAGCGUAGCCUUAUAGCCAAGUUUGAGAAGGAGCAGCGGCCGAUGGAGGAGUUGUCAGAAGAGGACCGCUUCAUGCUGCGCUUCAGCCGCAUCCAGAGACUGCCAGAGCGCAUGAACACGCUCACCUUCCUGGGCAACUUUCCAGACACGGCCCAGCUGCUCAUGCCGCAACUGAAUGCCAUCAUUGCAGCUUCAAUAUCCAUCAAGUCCUCUGACAAGCUUCGCCAGAUCUUGGAGAUUGUCCUGGCUUUUGGCAACUACAUGAACAGCAGUAAGCGGGGAGCAGCCUAUGGUUUCCGACUUCAGAGUCUGGAUGCGUUGUUGGAGAUGAAGUCGACGGACCGGAAACAGACAUUGCUGCACUACUUGGUGAAGGUCAUUGCUGAGAAGUACCCACAACUCACGGGCUUUCACAGCGACCUGCACUUCUUGGAUAAGGCAGGCUCAGUGUCCUUGGACAGUGUCCUGGGGGAUGUGCGCUCCCUGCAGCGAGGCCUGGAGUUGACACAGCGAGAGUUUGUGCGGCAGGAUGACUGUCUGGUGCUCAAGGAGUUCCUGAGGACCAACUCCCCCACCAUGGACAAGCUGCUAGCAGACAGCAAGACAGCUCAGGAGGCCUACGAGUCGGUAGUGGAGUACUUUGGAGAAAACCCCAAGACCACGUCCCCUUCCAUGUUUUUUUCCCUCUUCAGCCGUUUCACCAAGGCCUAUAAGAAAGCAGAACAAGAGGUGGAGCAGUGGAAGAAGGAAGCGGCUGCGGAUACCUCAGGCAGGGAAGAGCCUCCAGCACCCAAGUCUCCGCCCAAGGCCAGGCGACAACAGAUGGACCUCAUCUCUGAGCUGAAACGGAAGCAGCAGAAAGAGCCACUCAUCUAUGAGAGUGACCGAGACGGGGCCAUUGAAGACAUCAUCACAGAUCUUCGGAACCAGCCCUACAUCCGGGCAGACACAGGACGCCGAAGUGCUCGCCGGCGACCCCCAGGACCCCCACUUCAGGUCACUGCUGACCUCUCGCUGUAGCCACUGUUUCCGUUGGUGGAUUCUGUAGGGCUGUAGGCAGACUGGAACUCAAGGAAGGUGACUCUUAGCUCGGCUGGGUCGAGCAUCUGCUCCUCUGGCUGACUUGAAGCCCCUCACCCCACAAAAAAAGAAAAGAAAAAAGAAAAAGAAAAAACAGGCUGCUUGCAGCACCCUCUCCCUCCAAUAGCCAUACUUAGCCUGAGCGCAAGCCUGGUCUGUAACUUAUAAAGUGCACCUCGCCGCUGCCCUAGCGCGGAGGCCUCUCCUUGAACCUUAUUUUUAUACAAGAUUAAUAAAGAUGUUUGCAAAAGA